AUGGAAGGUAGUUUAAAGCCGCCACGAGGUUUGAUUCUCAAUGGAGAAAAAGCGAAUUGGACGAAAUUCAAGCAGCAGUUUGAUAUCUACAUGAAAGCCACGGGCCUAGAAAAUAAAGCAGAUGAUAGAAAAAUUGCCAUAUUUAUGAAUAUAGCUGGGGAAGAAGCUCUAGAUGUCUUUAACACCUUUAAGCUAUCAAAUCAAGAUAAGAGUGAUUACACAAAGGUUUUGGAAGAAUUUGAGAAGUAUUGUGCUCCAAGGAAGAACAUCAUAAACGAAAGUUUUAAGUUUUUUAGCAGAGUACAAAGACCAGAUGAAGACUUUGACCAUUUUCUUACAGAACUAUGUGUACAAGCAAAACUAUGUGAGUUUCAGGAUCAAGAAGAGAGGUUAAUCCGUGACAGAAUUGUAAUUGGAACAAAUGAUCCAUUAUUGCAAGAGAGAAUGUUACGUGAAAAGAAUCUUACAUUAACAAAAGCAAUCGCGUACUGUCGAGCUUCAGAGGCAGGAAAAAGUCAUGCAAGAAGGCUACAGGAAAAGGUAGAAGUUGCAAUGAUAAAGAAAGAAAUCUUUAAUUGUAAGAAAUGUGGAAAAAACCACAAGAUAAGAGAAUGUCCAGCUUAUGGGAAGAAAUGUGCAGCUUGCAAGGAGAGGAAUCAUUUUGCAACCAUGUGUCACAAAGCAAGACAGGAAAGAAGUGAGCCACAAGAAAAGAAAUCAGUAGAAAGAGUGAAAAACAAGAAAAGAGUAAAUGAAGUCAAAGAACAGGAACAAGAAGAUAUUGAAGAAGAAAAAACAUUUUAUUUGGAUACGUUGGUAUUAGGUCAGUUAGAUAAGGUAAGCCAGUUAGUAAACCUUAAUAGUUCUAUAAAUAGUUUACAAACUGAGUGGUACCAAAAAAUGAAAAUAAACAAAGAGUUUAUCCAAUUUAAAUUAGAUACAGGCGCAGAGUCUAAUACUUUACCUUAUAAUUACUUUCAGAAAUUAAACAAAAACAAUUCUUUAAACUUAAAGGAAACUAAGUUAAUUCUCACGUCAUACAGUGGCAAUAAAUUUAAACCGUUAGGGUCAGUAAAUUUAGAGUGUAAGUUAAAUAAAAAAGUUAACAAGGUAGAUUUUUUGGUGGUAGAUCUCAACAAUGCAGUACCUAUCUUAGGACUAGAAAGUUGUCUAAAAUUCAAUUUAUUAAAAAGAGUCAAUGAAAUUACAAGCAAAGAAACAAAAGAACAGUUUGUUAGUAGGAACAAAGAUGUUUUUACAGGGUUAGGUAAGAUAGGUAAGUACAAAAUUAAAUUGAUAGGAGAACCUGAACCGAUUAUUAAGCCAAUAAGAAGAGUUCCAGAAGCUGUAAGUCACAAAUUAAAAAACACCUUAGAAAUUAUGGAAAAGAAAGGCAUAAUAAUAAAAGUCAAUGAACCAACAGAAUGGUGCCAAAAUUUGGUAAUCGUGGAAAAACCAGACAAAUCAUUGAGGGUAUGCCUGGAUCCAAAAGAUUUAAACCGAUAUAUAGGGAGAGAAAGGUAUUUAAUACCAUCACCUGAAGAAUUGUGCAAUAGGCUAGCGGGAAAGGAAGUCUUUAGUGUAUUAGACAUGAAAGAUGGGUUCUAUCAAAUAGAGCUUGAUGAACCAAGUAGCUACUUAUGCAAAUCAUUGAGGGUAUGCCUGAAGGGAAGUCAGUUUGAUGAUACUUUAAAUUUACAAAGAGAAAUUAAUCAUCCUGAUCCAAACACAGUAAGUGAUCAACCUAAUGAGAUAAUUAACAAUUCAGAUAGACCAACAACUAGGUCAGGAAGAGUUUCUAAACGUCCUACAUAUCUAAAAGACUAUUGUGCAUAA